CUGCGCACAUAUUCCACUUGGCCAGCAUCACUUGGAGUCCACAGACACAGCGCUGAUUGAACGCGGAGGGGAGCUCAUUUUCAGAGCGCAUGAUUGUGUUAGAAGGGCUUCACUAGCCUGUCACCGGUCAGAGGCAGAGAGAGAGAAAGAGAGAGAGAGACGCACAGUAAAGCCAUUUCAAACACGCCUUUAAAAGUAAAAAAUCCACAAAAGAGGAGACCGGGUUUAGGAUUUUUUUGCACAUAGCCUUGCUUGAGUUUUUCCAAAGGGAAAGUGGUUUUAUGUUUUUUUUUUUCAUCUUUGGGAAGAGGGACUCUCUUGUGGAUCCGAGCAGCGGUAAGAUUCCUCUGCCCGCUUCUCUCCGUGCGUAAAAUAAAAGUUUAACACACCAAGGAAAUCAUUUGAGAGGUCUGGGAGCUCAGAGAGCUCAGAAAACUCUCCAUUAUACUCCCCGGGAAUUGUAAAGCUCACACCGGACGCCCACUGGAGGAGGAUAUAUAACUUUUCAACACAUUCUGUGGAGAGACACGGAGACGGGUUGGUCUAUAGGAGAGCGGAGGAAUCCUCUUCGCUGAACCGGGAGGAGUGAGCGCAGCGCUGGCAGACUGACCCAAAGGACGGCACAUCGGAGACAAGGUUAUGACGGAAGUGAGCUGAACAUGGAGCUUUUCUGGAUUUUGUUAUUUUCUAGUGUCUAUCCUCUUGCCUGGGGCCAAGGAGUUUACGCUCCAGCCAACGCCCAGAUCGUGCACUCAGGCGCAGCGUGUAACGUCAAGGAUGAUAACAUCAGUGAGAGAAUCUACACCAUCAAAGAAGGAGACACCCUAGUGCUUCAGUGUAUUGUUAAAGGACACCCACGGCCACAGGUACGAUGGACGAAGACGGCAGGCAGUGCAUCAGACAAGUUCCAGGAAACAUCCAUCUACAACGAGACGCUGCGCAUCGAGGGCAUCCAGAGGGUGCAGGGGGGUCGCUACUACUGCAAAGCCGACAACGGGGUGGGGGUGGCUGCCAUCAAGUCCAUCCGCGUAGAUGUGCAGUACCUUGACACACCUGUUCUGACCGUGCACCAGACCAUCAGCGAUGUGCGUGGCAGUUACUACCAGGAGAAGACAGUGUUCCUCCGCUGCACCGUCAACUCCAACCCUCCCGCACGAUUCAUCUGGAAACGUGGGAACAUGCUCAUCGAACAGAGCAAGGACAAUGGAGUGGACAUCUACGAACCGCUUUACACUCAGGGUGAGACCAAGGUGCUGAAGCUGAAAAACCUCAGACCCAAGGAUUUUGCUGAUUACACGUGCCAGGUGUCCGUCCGCAAUGUGUGUAACAUCGAAGACAUGUCGGUCACCUUUAGGCUCACAAAUGCCACAUCUCCCCCAAUGAUCCGACUGUCAGUGAACGACACGGUGGUGGUGGAUCCCGGGCAGGAUGUGCUCUUAACCUGUGAGGUUACGGCAGGUUUUCCUCUCCCUACUGUGACGUGGUCGCGUUACCCCAGCCCCCUUCCCCUCAGUGCGCAAGUUCGAGGGCCAACGCUGAUUUUGCGGGCCGUCACACCGGCUGACGCAGGUUUCUACAACUGCACAGCUGUCAACAAUGUGGGCAACCCUGCACGCAAAAACGCCAAUCUCGUUGUCAGGACAAUGGGCAACCUGACCUUCCAGAUUACACCAGACUCCAACAAGGACAGCGAGACCAUCCAGAUGGGUCGGGACCUCAAGCUGUCGUGUCACGUUGAUGCCACCCCGCAGGACAAGGUCAACUACACCUGGUACAAGAACGGUGCACCUGUCUUCAACUCGGAUAGCCUGAUCUUGCUGCGCAGUGACCCAGACAUGGCACCCGGCACCAGUAGCUUGGAGAUUGUGGACAUGAAGUUCAGAGACUUGGCUACCUACAGCUGUGUGGCGAACUUCCCAGGCAGCAGGGUGCCAGAGCUCCGUGUGGAUGUCAACAUCUCUCAGAACAGUGUCUCUCCUCCAGUGUUGUCGGUUCCACCCGGAGGUCAGGUGGUCAGUGUGCGAGAGGGAGGAAACGUUGAGCUGGUGUGCUUGGUGGUGGAUGGCAAACCACGUCCACCCAUACUGUGGUCACGGACAGAAAAGGAUCUGCUAAUGCCAUCAGGGACGACCACGAUGGAGACACCCGAUGGCCGCCUGAGACUCAAGAGCGUCAGCCGGGACAUGAUGGGGCUGUACCGGUGCCAGACUGCUCCAUACAACGGGCUGAACAUCAAACGCAGAGAAGCACAGGUCCAACUCAAUGUGCAGUAUCCUCCCAUACUGGACCCAGUCUUCCAGGAUGCACGUUCUAGGAACUAUCAGAUGGUGACCCUGAGGUGUACGGUCAUGCGGACAAACCCGCCACGCCUAACAGACAUCCGCUGGUUCCGUAAUGGCGACUUCAUCCGCAUGCCCAUGCCAGACCUGAAGGAGACGCCUGAGCUAAAGUUUAAGCUGGAACCCACCAACAACGGCUCUUAUGAGUGCCGAGUCAGCAAUAGUGCAGGGACAUCAACAUGCACAUUUAAUGUCUCUGCACAACCCUACAAUGCUGAGUUCUACUUUGACACACCCAACCCAGUGCGAAUUCUAAAAGGAAACAACUAUUCCUACAACCUACAGUGGACCCAGAAAGAUCCUGAGGCCACGGAUCGCAUCAUAGGCUACUGGAUUAAUGUCCGAAAGAACAAGCAGAACCUGCUGUCGAAGCAGAUAGACCUCAAGGGCAAGGAGCCAGAGAAGGGUGUGCUGAUAUCCUACACCAUAUCAGACCUGAGAAUCCCUCUGUCCUACGAGGUCCGACUGGCCCCCAUCACCACCUACAGCACUGGGGACUACGUCAGUCGCAUCAUACAGUACUCAGAACCCUACACCUACCCAAGACCUUCAGACCAUGUGUGCGGUUUUGAGGAUGACAGGAUCUGUGGUUUCUCUCAAAGCCGGAGUGAUGUCUUUGACUGGACGAGACAGAAUCACCUGACGCAGAAUCCCAAGCGAUCUGCAAAUACCGGCCCCGAAACUGACCGCAGUGGAACCAAGGAAGGGUACUACAUGUACAUUGAAGCAUCACGGCCACGUGUUGAGGGGGACAAAGCUCGUCUGCUUUCUCCACUUUUUAAUUUGACGUCAGUCAGGGGCCCAAAGGGCUCCAGCAGAAUCCCAUACUGUGUCUCUUUCUACUACCACAUGAAGGGCAAACAUAUCGGCACUCUCAAUGUUCUUCUGAGAGUGAGAGGCAUUGCUGCUGUGGACACGGUGGUGUGGAGCAUAUCUGGUCAUCAGGGCCCAGACUGGAAGAAAGCAUUCUGUGACAUCAGCCCCAGUGGACCCUUCCAGAUUGUAUUUGAAGGAAUUCGAGGCCCGAGUUUCGAGGGGGAUAUUGCCAUUGACGACGUGUCCAUCACCAUAGGGAAGUGCAAGCAGGAGAACACUGUAGCCAGCGCAGUUCUGAUUGGUGGAUCACACCCGCUCCCAUUGGCCAGCUGGCUGACCUUUGGCCUCUCCUGCUUCAUGUUGCUACUCUACAGAUGAUGAGCACUGCAACACCACCUGUCUGUAGUGACAGACACUGCCCUGACUCACACUCUUAUAUUUCUCCCUCUAUCCUUCUCCCUGACCUUUCCUCUGCGUACCUGUCUCCCUAACUGUCUUUCCUUCUCCACUCAAUGUCUUUCUAUCCUUCGUGCAUCCAUUUCAUCCUUCUUGCUUAGGUACAUGGUAACACAAAGUCUUUGUCUAGUUUCUCUUCCUCUGCUUUCUUUGAACAUUUCCCCCCAGAACCUUAGUAUAACCAACUAACGUGCAUACUGUAUUUAAGGUGAACAUACUUAAUGAUCUUUGACAGUUGAACUUCACAUUCUCUGCUUUGUCACUCUAUUUAUCUGAUUAGAUUCACUUUAAUCCAUGUCAGCGUGUCACUUUGUCACCUUUACCUCUCCGUCAUCAACCUUUUUCAUGCAUACAUGCACCCUCUCAUGUAUCGCCACUCCCUCGAACCACAAUCCUCAACGGCCCCUCCACCCUAUUCCCAAGACACACCAAAGUGUCGGACACUCUACCAAAGAUGACAAAGGACCUGAGGGAAUAAAACAAGGGAACAGGGAUUCCAGGGACAAAGUGAAAGAGAGAGAGAAAGAAAGUGGGAAAAUAUUUCUUUUUCACAAAGACUGCCUCCCUUCAGUCCCGACCGCUAGGACCUUGGGAGCUACUGAAGGACAAAGAGAAAGGCAAAGAAAAAGCAACUGAUGAAUGAAUGAAUGAAUAAACAAAUGAAUGCUGAGUAAAGGACGAACCAGGAACAGAGGGAAAAAGAAGUGUGUGCUCCUGAUAGCCUCUCUGCUUGCCCUCUGCUUGCCACAAGAGACAAACCUCAGUGCGGAUUAUACGUGUACAUUUAUCUCUAUAUAUAUUAAAUAUAACAAAGUUUAAACUUAAACACAACUCGGACAGUGGGGGACUUUACAAAGUGAAAUUAAAGAAGCACAACGUUUAUACAACCUCUGCUGUUCUUUUGGGUUUUAUUCUACUUAUUAUGUGAUGUUGCAAUUUGUCAGACCUAUUCAAUGUUUUUGAUAUUUUACUUUUUUUUGUUUUGUUUUGUUUAUGGCGUUAUAAAGGUCAGGGGCACUGGGUAAUAAAGUAUUAUAUUAAUAUUUAUGAGAAGAGCAGAAGAUGAUUUGUGAUCCAGAACUUGAAUUGAGCAUGAUGAGGGAAAUACAAGGAUGACCCAACCUGCCUGGAUAGAAACGUAAACUCUUCUUUGCACAUACUGAUCACACACACACAAACACACACACACACACACACACACACACACACACACGCACACACACACACACACACACACACACACACCCGUCACUGGACAUCAUGACUCAGAUGUCCAGAUUGAGAUUGAGAAAAACGUGGUGUGGUACGUGAGGGCAGAAAAGAGCCUGGAGUGAGUUCAGUUGAGUACUUCUUUGUCUGCAGGUUAUUGAAUGUCAUGUAUGAAUUUCCCAUACACUUCUUUCACAUGAGUGAAAGACAGAGAAGAUUGUCAGUAUCUGGCGAGUGUGCAGUGCAGAUUGCAUAUCCAAUUCUCUGUCAUUGUUUAAUUAACGUUGAAUGUCUGUAUUGUAAACAUUUAUUCAUGAUCACAUAGAUAGGAUUGUUAAAGUUUAGCAAUACUCAUAUCUAUAUACAAUAGUUUAUAAUUGCAUAAGAUAGCAGUUUAGUCUACAGAAAAAAACGUCCCAAACACAUCGUAAUGGAUACUUUUCUCAUCAUUUGUCAGUUUUAAUUUAUAAUUACUAGUAUAUGCACUAUUCAUAAAGUUCCUUAAUUAAAGCUGUAGCUAUUUUAAUCAUCCAGUGGAUAUAUAGUAUGUUUGCUUUUCUGCAUCACGCUUUAACUUAACUCAAGAAAGCUCCACAUUCACCCUGCUCCAGUAACCGAUCUACUUUUGUAUGCUAAUCUGCUUCAUAAUCAUGUGCAUUACAUGUAAAUCGUGUAAACAUCUUAUGUUCUUUUGUCUGUCAUGUCACAUUGAUUUGACCAUUGCACUUGUUUUUUUUGUUAGUUUUUGUUUACUUUAUUGUGGUCGGUACAAAUUGUAUUACUGGUUUAAUAAUCAUAAAUAGUACAUAAUACACAAUAAUUUGCCUAUUUGACUUGCCCAUUCUGGUGUGGGUGGCAAUUUCCAUGUUAAGAUGGAUGUGUACAAUAUCAGAUGGUAUCAUUGCCAGCCUUCAGCUAACACAAAGCUGUGUAAGGCAUAUUGGACAAAUCUGUGAAGCUCCACUGACAGAAGUGUAUUAUAAGAACAUGGAAGUCCUUUUAAACUUACUGUAAGCAAGCUCCCAAUAUUCCUGCUUUAUCUCUGCCAUCAUAAAUGUACUUUGGUACGAUGAGUGCACCUGAUGGUAGGUUGUACCUGAAUGAUACAAACUAUUUUAGAAGUAAACUUGAGUGACAUGCUGUCCUGUAAAUGUAGCUUGUUCAUUCUGCAAUCUCUAAAGUAAAGCUGAAAAUAUUUCCAACUUUUUUUAAUCUCGUCAAAAUGCCCCUGCUAUUUUCCCAAAACACAACAUAGCAAAAAGUGCCUGUUUUUAGGCAUUCAUUGCAACACCUCCAUUUCUAUCGGCUUAUGUGGCUAAGGGAAUUGGCUACAUGUGGUAUUAUUCAGCACUAAAGCAGCACACUGUGGGACAGUACUAGUACUAAAUACAUUUUAGAAAUAUCAUUAAGCACUGAUGUGCAUGACAUUUCAUCGUGCUAACUGUCAAAUCAUUCCUUAUAUUGCCUCAUAGUUCAAUGGCAGUAGUAAGAGGGGAAAGACCAUUUCCAUCAUUGCAUUUGGACAUGCAACAGAUGCAAAUUAACAGACAGAAUACUGUGGAAAUCGUAAGAUAUAUUGUCUGUAACGUUUUUGUUUUAUUUCCCAAUCUUACACACAGACACACCUUGGUUGUGUUUUGGCUUUUUAUGACGAUUUAUAGCUCAAGUUUAAAGUGGAAGACAUUGCAUUAUUUCACCCACCUGUAAACAGAAUAUCAAAGCAUAACAUACACAUGUGCAAAUAAUCCAACCCAUUUCUAAGCUUUCCCAGUAUCAUUGUGUUGACUGAUGAAGCAAAAAAUUGUCGCUUUUUACCAAGGAGUAUUAAAAUAUGUGGCAAGGUGGGAAAAUCACUUGUACUGUAUCUAUCAACUCUGUAUUAUAUAGCAACGUUUGUUUUUGUUUUAUACAAAAAUUAAUCAACAAAAUUCUUCCAAACUGGCACACUACAGUCAACUCUGAGUCAUCAUAAACAGUGCUUGAUUCCCUCCCAAAUGGGAAACAUUGUUUUAAAUAGAACGUAAACCGUAAUUUUUUUGGUUUAAUACAAACCAUUUUAAUGUUGGUAUAGAAAUUGCCAUUUUACAAUAAUUAAGUGAGUAGUGAGUGUAAUCACGCCUGUACCCACAUUUCAUUUUGCUCCUGCCGUAUCUAGGACAGAUACAACGUGAGGUUUGCAUAUAUCUUCCUUAAUGUAAUCACAUGCUAAAAGCAUCACUCAUAAUUCAAGUGAUAUUUAUUAUUUCAGUAGAAAAUAACUGAAUUAUGUAAAAAAAAAAAGCAAAUAAAUCAAAAUAUUUUGUCAAUAAUAAAAGAAAUAGGUCCUAGGUGACAUUUUGGUAGCAAAUCAACAAAUAUUUUAAACAUGCUGAGCGUCAUAUAGUGUUGCAGCUAAGCACAGUGAGACGUGUAGCACAACUGUCAUUUAGCAUGCAACAAAAAUGUAAUGCAUUUGACUGAUAUUUUGAGUAGAAGAGGAAGCCGAAGGCCCAUCAAAACAUAUUUCAUCCUAAAACUGCAUAAAUAGAACCAAACUCAACUUCAAAAUAAUUAUUUCCUGUGUCUUUUAACCAGCAAACAUAACGUGUUGGAUUGUCCAAAAG